UCAAAGUGUCGACCGACAGCAGACACUACUGAGAGUGAUGCUACGGUAGAUGAGACUGGUGUCAAAUCUGACAAAGUGAAACAGAAGACUGAUACUGCUCACUCGGUGCCCGAUGAAGAGGACGCAGUAGAAGAGAAGUUUGAGGAUGCUGUUGAUUCCGUUGAGAAGCUGGAAACGACUGAGGUUUCGUACACAACUGCCAAGGAAUCGUCCCGCGCUGAUCUGGAAUCUAUUCCAUCCAGCACAUCCCUAGCGGCGACAACUCCAGCCUCUCCGGAGAAUCCCGUUCCUGUAAAAGCAUCCCAGUCGGACUCGUAUGAAAUCGAAAGUUCACCGGAAAAGACAUCGCCCGUCAAAGAUUCUCCACCGUCCGGAUAUAAAUAUCGGCCCGGACCAUCUUCCUCGAAGGUCCCCUCACUAGCAAGAAAUGCGCCGGUUGAAAUGUCCUCCGAAAUCGUUACUGUCGAUUUGGAUGACGACGAUGACGAGGAUGAUGAGGAGAAAGAAAUGAGAAAUGUUAGAUCCAAACACCGAAACACCUAUGAAAUCGAUGAGGAGGACUAUGAGGAAGAUGAUGAUUACUAUGAUGAUCCGGAUAGUGAUGAUCAGGAUGUGAAUCGUGUGAUUCACGAGGUUUGCGAUGAACUUAACGCAAUGGAUGAUCCCGAUUCGGCAGAUGAUAAGAUGGAUGUCAGCUCAGACGAAGAUGAUUACAGUGAGGAAGAAGUCACUAAUCUGGACAGUGGCAGCGCCAAGCGGAAGCAUAGUGAUUACUCGGAGGACGAUGUAGUGUACGGUGAAGAUGAAGAUGAUGAUUUCGCGGAAGACGAUGAUGAGGACGAUGAUGAUGAUGAGGAUGUGGAAGAAGUGGUUGACCUGGAAGCAGGCAAAGUGCUAAAAAAGCCUGCGCAGGCCACUGGAUCGAUGGGACAAAUUAGUGUUGACGAUGAAAGUGAAGACGAUGUGCCGCAGGAGAAGAACAGCACACAGAAAGUGAAGUAUAAAUUGUACCGGAAGAAGCUGGUAGCUAAAAUCCUGAAAAGGACCUAUAAAAUACUAAACAGACGCAGUAUGCACGUUAUGGAAGAGGGCGGCGAUGUGCUCGUCUGCUCAGAUGCCAAAAUAGUUAGUCUAAAAUCUGCUCUCGGAACAGCGACGAAACCGUCGUCAGCGGAGGAAGCCUCAACCAUCGGUAAAGUUUCCGACGUCAAAGAAGCCAAGGUAAAGCAACAGAUAGUGGCAUCCCCUGACGCACAGGAUAAACCAAAAGAUUCGCACGAAGACACCGAAAGUGUGCCACCGAGUGGUGUCGUCGUCAGUGGUGAAGCGCACAGGAAUGAAGAGAAUAAGGAAAACAUGACGGUCAAGGACGCUACAAAGGAAGUUCGACGGGAUGUCACCGAUGACAAGGUGAAACAAAGCGAUGACGAUCGAACUGAUAGACGAGGGCGAAAAGCAGCUAAAGAUGAAGCGGAAUUGAUGGAUUCCGUGAUGGACGAAAUAGACGAUAUAGUAGACGAAGCCAAAUACCAGAAUGGAUCAAAGGGUGACUUCAACGAUGAACUCGCGUUCCAAAUGGAUGCCGAUGGUAGUCAACCGGAUGAGGAUCAUUAUGACGAAGACGAUGACGAAGAGGACGAUGAAGAGGGGGCUGUGGAUUUGUCCUCGUCUUACGAUGCAAACAAAAGCGACCGAGAAGAUAACGGCAGGCAGAGUCAAACCGAUGAAUCAGAUGCGGUGGAGAUGAUUGAAAGCUCGCCGGAAAAAAGCUCGAGUGCGGCUAGUAUAAACAAGUCUCCGAAAAAAUCGCCGCCCCCCAAACUAGAAAGUGAUCUCAGUAGUACCGUGAAGCAAACAAGCGAAUCAUCAGUGUCUGUGAAAAAUGAUGCAGUAGAAGACGUUGAAAAGCAGCAAAAAUCUGACGAAAAACCAUCCCCAGCUGUUGUAUGCAAUGCAAGUCCAAAAAGAAAGGACGAAAACCUGGAAGCUAUAAAAGAACCCGAAACGGUUUCACGAAAACGUCGACGGUCGGUUGAACCGGAUGAAGAACGUGAAGAAGAGCCACUGAUACCGUCGAAGAAAUUAAAACGUGAGCUAGAGUGCAACUUCCAGGCACACGAUUUGCUGCUGAAAGAGUACAUAGACACAACCACUAAGAACUCAAUAGACGAUGUACAAAAGCACACCGAUGCGCUGCAGGUCGAAAUUCGGACCCUAAACGAAAUGAUACGUGCCAAAGAGAACGAAUGGAACAACAUGAUCCAUUUGAAGAAGGUGAAAGAAGAAAUUUUGCUACGAUUGACGCGCAAAAAACACGUACUGAACCUCUCCGAUACCAAACUAGGCGAAGAAUCGGAAUUCUCCAAUUUUGAUUCGACCAAUCUAACAAAUGUGCGUUCGGCGUCGGUCGGCCCUAGGCCCCCGACACCGCCACCGGAAGUGGACGUCCGGCCUGCUUCCGUUACGCCGUUACACAGCAACACCUUAAGUAGUGGCAGCAGAAAUGCCAGUAGCUCGAGCCACUCGAUACCCGGCGUUCGUCAGCAUUCUUCACUUCCGAACAGCAAGGACCACCACAACCUGUUCGCCCAGUUCAAUCACAGCAACAGUUCCGUAACCAUGGUGCCAUUAUCAACAUCCCCCGCGUUGAUCACUUCCACAAAUACGAUCCUGCAAUCCCGGGCUAAUAUGAAGUCCGCCGAAGUAGCGCGGGAAAAACCGAACGCUGUUCAAAUUCAGCGCCAAAUUCUGCCGAAACCAAUUCUCUCCAAUCAUCAGCAGAUUUUGAACAAUUUGGCCAUGUCAGCUGGGCUGACUGCGGCUGCUAUAACCAGCGCUAGCGGUUCCACAUCGAUCUCGAAUACUGCACCGACGGCGACCAACGCUGCAAACGCGGCGGCGGCCGCUAUCGCAGCCAACAACAUUCUGGCCGGCUUGUCUGCCCAGGCAGCUGCGCUGCUCAACGGUCAUCACAGUCCUUCCGGCUCGAAUCAUCAUCAGCAGUCGGGAAAUCAUCUGCAGGUUGGCCGACAAGGCGUUAUCAAAGACGUCAAAAGUAUUAUCGCUGACUACAGGCAGAAACACCCGGAACAGGUUCCCCGCCGAGGGCGUCGUCUGAAGAAUAUUCCCAACUAUGACGGUGGAAAAGGUGGCUCCGCAGCAUCACGAAUGACGGAAUUGAGUUUCCUACUGGCAGCAGCAGAGAAUUCCCGUCCCUCUAGCAACGAUUCGUCCCAGAGCAAUUCCAACAACCUGCCGGCCGGCGGUGGCAGCUCGAACCCACCCGGCCUUUCCUUCAAAGAUGUCCUGGUGCAAUUUGCCAAAAUGAGCCAAUCCGAUCGUAAUUUGCUGUCCAAUCUGAGCAGCCUGACCAGCGCUGCUGUGGCAGCCACAACUGCAACUGCCUCAGCUACAACCAAUUCUUCAUCUUCUUCCCAGCAACAGCAGCAGCAGCAGCAAUCGCAGCAGAAUGCUGCCGCCAAUCUUAGCAAGGGAGCGUACCCGGAAGUUACGCUGCAUCCAGUAAUGAACUCCAAUUCCACUUCCGGUACGGUUUCCAACGCUGAAAUGAAUCAUACCGGUGGAAGCCAACACACCAACGGCUCUAAUCAGGCACAGAACAAUAGCAACAACAGCUCGACCAAUUCCCUUCUACAUGGAAUCCUCACAAAAUCCUCUUCCCGACCGAACGCAACCGGAUUCACUUCGUUCUCACCAACUCUAGCCCGCCUGUUGACAGCGCCGGAACGGAUGAGCUCGCAGGCGGCAACCGUCACUUCCGGCGCUCUCGCAAACCUACAGGCCAACACCGGGCUGAAUCUAUCCAAGUCUAACAGUGAAAUCACGAUCACGCCGGUCGUGGCAUCCAAUCUUCAGCAAUCGCUGCUGGCCCAUCAGCAGCAACUUCAAGAGCAGCAGAAGCAGCUACAGCGGCUACGGGAGCAGCAUUUCCUAAACAUGGAUGACGAAGCGGACGACAGCGUCGAUCGGUUGGUAAUCGAUGAGGGCGAUGACCAUCACGGUUCUUCCAGUGCUUCGCGUGCCGACGGUCAGCAUGGUCACCACCGGGAUCGGGAACCGAGCGUGGUAAUCACAACGCGCGGUGGAAAUGGGCCCGACUUCGAGAACGACGUGCCCGAGUGUCAGGGAUGCAAAAAGCGGGAAGCGCAGUUCGUCUGCGCUGGCUGCGGUAAUCAGUGGUACUGUAGCCGCGAAUGUCAGGUCAACGCUUGGGACGACCACUCCGAAGUUUGCACAGGCUAAUUACGUCGGAGCGAAAAUUCAAAUGCUUAACGACGGGCUGCGGCGAUGACGUCUACCACUAUUACUGCUUUGAAAAGGUAUUAUUUUUAUUGCAAAUGACUAUUUGAACGCAAACAUAAUAAGACACAUUGAACUAUCCAUUUAUCCUAGUAAGCAAAAUAUGCAAACACACUGCAGCAUAAUUUAUCAGUAUAGGAUUUCUAACAAUUCAAGCAAACCAAGAUUUUCAAACACUUUGAAUGGCAACCCCAGAUAAAUAAUUUUUAAGAUGAUAAUAGCAGCGGAUGAAUACACUAUUGAGAGAUAACAACAUUCCCUCCGUAGGAGGGCAAUAGGGAAUGGAUUACCCUGAGAGAAUUUCUAAUCCUAUUUGUUUCAUUUUGAUUGUACCACAAUCGGUUAGGUGUGCAAUCAUCCUCCUAGGAGGAACAACAGACACACACAGUAUAGCAUUAGAAUUUAGGUUGCAUUUCUUUGCUUGAUAAGUGAUAAUAGUAGUUUACAGAAAGAGACCGAUUAUAUUUCAUCCGAUUUUUGUACUUUGAACAAUUGCCCAUUUUUUCAGUACAUUUCAUUUUCUCGCGAUUAUUCUUUGGUUCGAAAGUGAAAAUAGCAGCGUUAUUGUAGUUAAAGAGCAUCAAGUCAUAAAAUUUUGCUAAUGACUUUAAUUCUUAACAAUAUUCAAUAGAAACAAUCGGAAACAAAUAAAGAAAAUGACAAGAGAUCAAAAAAAAGGAACUAGAAAUGUGUGUAUGCGAAACAGUGAAAACUACACUUAUUUAAACAUUACUAUAAAUUACAUCCUGUAAUUGAUCUUAUAUAUUUACCAACACAUUUAUGAUACCAGUGCACAGCUAACAUACCUACAUAAAAAUCGCAACUGAAGCAUUGAUCGCUAAGUAUGACAUACGAAGGUACCAGUAGAUAAAUGUGUGCGAAAGAGGAUGAACAACAGGCCUUGUCCGGUGUGCCUCGGCGCCACUGACGGGAUGGUUUAUUAAUACAUGCGCGAAUUUGAUUGUGAAACGAAACAGAAAUAUAAAUCAACAGC